AUGCCUCCCCUUCUAAAACACAGGCAAUUGACCGAUGAGUGCGGCAACGCCGUCACGGACGGUUUUUCCGAAACCGUAACUUACGACGGCGAUUCCAUCGAAGACGGAGACCGGCUGCAGAUGGACAUGUACAUCUGCGCCCCCUGGGGAAACUACGAGCUGGAACUCGUCUCCAAGAGCACCAACGGCGGUAACGCCAUGGAGAAGAUCGCGUGGGAGGUCGAGUACGGCCCUGACGAGUACCACAUCUGGGACACCCUGAACACUCCCUUCUUCGACGACAGCCUGGACUACGCCCCUAUCCCCUCCGGCAGCGGAGAGGAGGAAACAUUCACCUUUCCUCUGGAGGGCUCCGAGGGGUACUACUCGGUCAUGUACUCGGGACCGUUCCCUCCGCUGGAAUGCAGCAACCUGCACCCCUCCGGCAUCACGUACGAGGGGUGCUACAGCGCGGGGAUAUUCGGCACCGCCGACGGGCCCACAGGUAGCGCCAACGAUGCCGACCCGGCCGAGAACUACCGCAUGUUCGACGGCAUCGACGACGACGGGGUGAAUGCUGACAAGGUCAUGACGCUGGAGAAAUGCGCGGCCACCUGCACAGCUCAAGGAACGCAGUACUUCGGUCUCGAGUCCGCGGUCAAGUGCCUGUGCGGCGACGAGCUGGUGGGCAGCCCUACCGACGAUGUCUAUGGCGACGGGGGCUCCGUGUGCGGCAUCGACAUCACGUUCGGCGGCGACGUCCCCGAGUACAAGUACCUGUGUUCCGGCGACUCCCGCGUGCUGUGCGGCACCGACGACCACAUCUCGGUGUACUCCCUUGACGGCAGCACAGGUGGCGGCGACGACGACUCCGGCGACCCUCCCGUCGGCUCCGAGCUUAUCGGAUGCGUUGCCGACAGCCAAGACGAUCGGGACGGCUAUACCGAACUUCAUGUUCGUCGAAUCGCGACUGCGCUCCAAGUUAAUCCCGCCGGGUCUCGCGCGUCACCGUUCUUCGACUCGCAGGUGAUGUCUGAGGGACCGAUGUCGGCCGCCACCAUGUCCGCGGAGGUCGGCGCCAUACCUUUCCAGGUCAAUUUUCUCGUUUCGCUCACCAAAGCCCUGCUCUUCUUCCCUCUUCGCAUGUUGCCCUCCUCUUCCCCAAAAUCACGUCUCGUCCAGUGCUGGUGCACAGGAUCGCUCGGGACAACCGAGACCUCCACCGCCUGCACCUACCCCUGCGCUGGAAACGCUGGCGAAACCUGCGGCGGCUUCGACGCCCUCACUCUGUACGAAAUCAUCUCGGAAGCCCCUCCUACGCCGGCGCCAUUGACUCCCCCCGGACCCACGCCCGCGCCGGCCAGUCCCGUGGUCCCCUCCGGCGACUACGACUUCGUCGACUGUGUUGCCGACAGCCAAUCCCCUAGGGUGAGACAAAGAGGAGAGAUCAAUGGAGGUUGGAGGUUCUGCGGUUGGUGAGUUGUAGGACAGAUAAUUCUCACCUCACGCUUGUAGUAGAGAACACGGAUGAGCUACAGAAGGGAGUGGGGGGUAUCUUGCCAAUGUUGUUGAUGGGGAGCGCGCGCGACAGCGAGAGAGGAAGAGAUAGGAACAGAGAAACAGGGAAAAUUAGGGUACACUACACGCCAGCAGUAUUGAGCCUUGAUUCCUGUGGGAGAAAACAAACAGCCACUGCAUGUAGAGUAGUUGAUCGGGUAGAGUUCUUGGGCACCUGUUGUUAUUGGUCAAGUUUUUCAGCGCUUCUAUUUUGUGCUCGAAGUUCGUCACUUGCCGGCUUUCAGUUGGCAGCGCGUCCUGCAACACAUCUACACUGCCGCCCUCGACAGGGCUGGUGUUUGUCGACAUCGCACGCGCGUAUUCAUUCCUUCCGAUUCUUACACGUCUUAUUUUUUCAAAUGGCAGGUGAUGCGUGUGGGACCGCUUGCGGAGGUCAUCAUGUCUGCGGAGGUAGGUGUUGCCGAUAGCGGAGACAUCCUUUCUUUUGCUGAGUUUCAUGAGGUGAUUUAGGUUUUGUUUGACACUUCGUAGCUUUCCAAAGAAGCCUAUCAUCUCGUACGGCUUCGCUUGGGCAGGUGCUUUGCUCUUUCCUCGUUCCCGCGUAGAUUUGUUGUGGCCCCCUGCUCCUCCUUGUCCCCCCCAAAACAUGGUUUUCCU